GUUAUUAACUGUAAAUAAUUCAACGCUGGAGGGACACCGGUCAAGAACUGUAAAUAAUGUACAAUGUCCUACCAUGGCAUCCUAGGCAUGCCGUUAUACAUCUCACUCGGAUUCCUGAAGGUGCUGUCCUUGCACCCUUGGUGCAUCGCACAGAAAAUAUUUUCUGUGAAGCCGAAUGACAUGCCUGAGGAACGUACCAUGUCCGUUUUCACCCGAAUGAACUCGGUCCUCAGAAAUUGCCAGCAAGUCCAAACACUCGUAGAUAUAACACAGAUCAGACAAUGGCAUAUGUAUGAUCCCGAGAAAUUCCGCUUGCGCGAGCAACCCACAUUGGACUUCUUUGAUGUUGAGCAAGUCAUUUUCGGCAAAGGAAAGAGCACUGCUUCGCGGACGCACAGUAUCACAGGAAGUUCGUUGAUUAUUGAAAACGGUGAUGAACACGAGGAGAUACUUGAUGAAGAUACUCAUACCUGGCUCGAUGACAAAAUUGAAAACAUGCCUGGUGAUUCCACUUUCGAUGCCGAGGAAGACAUUGACUUGGACGUGCCGGAACUCAAAAAUUCUCGCUGAUGAUCCACCCCAAGGGAGUGUGUCGAAGGUAAGAAGAGAGAGCAAACUUGAAUGGUGGCUUGCAUUGAUGACGCCGACGAUGCCGAUGGCGAAUGGGUCUGGAAGUGAAAUUGCCCAGCGCACAGAAGUUUUUUCAUCAAGAAUAGUUAAUAACACCUGUUUUCGACCAGUUAGCUUGAACGAAAAAAUCACGUGCCGACUGUCAAUAUGUGUUAAAAAA